AUAUCCCUCUCUUCAGCACACAGCCGGAGAGGUGUUGUACUCCAAGAAGCGUGCGCGAGGAAAAGUGACGUCACACCCAGCAUGGCGGCCAAGGUGCAGUCCACUAAACGUGCCAACCCAAAUGAACUUAAAGAAAUUUUCCUGAAGCAUGCAAGUGUGGUGGAUAAGGAUGGGGAGCAUUACAUGACUCCUGAAGACUUUGUUCAGAAUUAUCUAGGUCUCCAUACUCAACCUAACCACAAUCCCAAAACUGUGCAACUCAUUGCUGGGGUUGCAGACACCACUAAGGAUGGACUGAUCUCUUUCCAGGAGUUUCUGGCCUUUGAAUCAGUGCUAUGUGUGCCUGAUUCCCUUUUCCUAGUUGCCUUUCAGUUAUUUGACAAGACCGGAACUGGGGAUGUAUCUUUUGAAAAUGUACAAGACAUCUUCAGCCAGACUACUGUUCACGAUCAUAUCCCCUUUAAGUGGAACUGUGAAUUUAUCCACCUGCACUUUGGACAGGACCUCAAAAAGCACCUCAGCUACUUAGAGUUCACCCAGUUCCUACAGGAGCUGCAGUUGGAGCAUGCCCGGCAGGCCUUCGCUGUGAAAGACAAGGGGAAGAGUGGAAUGAUAUCAGCCUUAGACUUCAGUGACAUCAUGUCCACCAUCCGCCAUCAUGUGCUUACCCCAUUUGUUGAGGAAAACCUUGUCUCAGUCGUGGGAGGAGGCACUACUCACAUGGUUAGCUUCUCUUUCUUUAAUGCUUUCAACUCUCUCCUCAACAAUAUGGAGAUCAUUCGGAAAAUCUACAGCACAAUAGCCGGCACGCGCAAGGACACCCUCGUUACCAAAGAGGAAUUUGUUAAUGCUGCCAAUAGAUUUGGUCAGAUCACUCCGAUGGAGAUAGACAUCCUGUACCAGCUCUCUGGCCUCCACACUCAUUCAGGAAGGCUGAGCCUGGCUGAUAUUGAGAGGAUAGCUCCUCUGGAAGAAGGCGCUCUGCCUUAUCACCUAGCUGAAGUGCAGAGGCAGCAUACAGACAUCUCGAGGCCGGUCUGGCUCCAGGCUGCUGAGUCUGCGUACCGCUUCACUCUGGGUUCCAUCGCGGGAGCCACGGGUGCCACGGCGGUGUACCCCAUCGAUCUGGUGAAGACACGAAUGCAGAACCAGAGAUCCACUGGCUCCUUUGUGGGAGAGCUCAUGUAUAAGAACAGCUUCGAUUGUGCCAAAAAGGUGCUCCGGUAUGAGGGAUUCUUCGGUUUCUACAGAGGUCUGUUACCACAGCUGAUCGGAGUGGCUCCUGAGAAGGCUAUCAAACUCACUGUCAAUGACUUUGUGAGGGAUAAAUUCACUGAUAAAGAUGACACCAUUCCACUGGCUGCAGAAGUGCUGGCAGGAGGCUGUGCUGGAGGCUCUCAGGUGAUCUUCACCAACCCUCUGGAGAUAGUGAAGAUCCGUCUGCAGGUUGCGGGUGAGAUCACCACCGGACCACGUGUCAGUGCUCUUACUGUGAUGAGAGAUCUCGGAUUCUUUGGACUCUACAAGGGAGCAAAAGCCUGCUUCCUGAGAGACAUUCCUUUCUCUGCCAUCUACUUCCCUGUGUACGCUCAUACCAAGGCACAGCUAGCUGAUGAGGACGGCAGACUGGGGGCAAUUCAGCUCCUCAUCGCAGGAGCCAUCGCAGGUGUCCCUGCUGCUUCUCUGGUGACUCCUGCUGAUGUGAUCAAAACACGUCUGCAGGUGGCAGCCCGCGCAGGCCAGACCACAUACAGCGGCGUGAUCGACUGCUUUAGGAAAAUUUACAGAGAAGAGGGCUUCAGAGCAUUUUGGAAGGGAGCAGGAGCGCGUGUGUUUAGGUCCUCCCCUCAGUUUGGUGUUACACUGGUCACUUAUGAGCUCCUGCAGAGAUGGUUUUACGUCGACUUCGGAGGACACCGUCCUACAGGAUCAGAACCGACGCCGAAGUCCCGCAUCUCCGAGCUUCCUCCCCUGAAUGCGGAGCACAUUGGAGGUUACAGAUUGGCUGCUGCUACGUUUGCAGGUGUAGAAAGCAAGUUUGGUUUGCACCUCCCCAAGUUCAAGUCAUCAGACACUGUUACAGUAAAGGCAGCUCCGACAUCUCUCCCAGCUGUGACCUCGUAGAGCUCUAUUCAGCAUCCAGCAGAGGCAACAUCAACCAGCAGGUGCCUUUAUGACAUUCAGUUUGUAUCUGUGGCCUCUUCACCCAAACUCCAUGUAGACACAGUGACACUCCUCUAUAUUUCUUUAACAAAAGUUGUGAUUUUCCAUCUUCCUGCAUGAAUAUUUAUUACUCUAUUUAUUUAUUACUCCCCGUGUGGCUUGCAUAAGUGUUCAGGCAUGCAACACAGCCAGUGAUAAAGUGUGUAACUUGGAACCGCUGCUGUAAUCAAAGUGGAGGGAUGUACUUACUACUCACUGGAAAUUCUGACAGAGUGUAUUUUAGUUCAUAUGGAAAUCAAGAACAGUGUUUGGGGGGGGGGCAAUGCAUUUGA